AUGGAGGACGAUAAUUCUGUAUUCCAGCGAGAUGACAUUACGUUUGUUACCGAAGAAACGGAUGACAUCUCGAUGAUAUCCUCACCAACAACUACUGAUGUGGUGGUGCAACAGCAAGAAGAGGGUGCAGUGAAGAAGAACAACGAAGAUGUAGACGCUAAAGUUGUGGUUGGAGCCAAGAAAGAACAACCACAAAAGCCACACACACAAAAUGAAAACAGAAGGAACGUCAGUCAAAAGAAAGUACUCUGGAGCGUGAUUGUCUUGUUGGCCAUUGUUGUGGCAAUCCUGGCUGGAAUGUUGUUGCUGAAUAAUAACAACAAGAAUGACGGCAAUGACGCGCCCACAACCACCUCCAGUGACAGCAACCAGGCUAAUGCCAUUCCUACAACCCAACCCACGCCGUCUCCGUCCCAUUGGACGCCCACGACACGGCGCGGACGAGUCGAGUACAUUUUGAAGGAUUACGCACCUUUGGACGAACGCACCAUGACUUGGCUUUUGGAGACUAGCACUUGGACUCCUCCUACUACUGCAAGGAUUGGCAAUUAUCCCAGUGAUGAAACUGAAAAUUAUCUGUGGUUGGAACGAUAUGCCUUGGCAUUGCUCUACUCUUCCACCAAUGGUCCCUAUUGGGCACGAAAUGAUUAUUGGAUGUCCAAUGAACCCACUUGCCGGUGGUUCUCCUUGGAACCCAAUGCAUGUCCUGGACCUAUUACCAAUCUUGUCCUGUAUUUGAACAAAAUGGAAGGGACCCUGCCAUCAGUGCUGUUUGCUCUCAGCAACCUGAAAAAGUUGCACCUUGCCAGAAACCAAUUGACGGGCAGUACUAUACCAUCCGAUACUAGCAACUACCUACUAAAGCACUUGACGUUUAUGGACCUGGCGAGCACCGGAUUGAAAGGAAGCGUUCCAAGUUCCAUUCGAAACAUGACGCAGCUGGAAAGCCUCUAUUUGUCUGGCAACGAAUUGACAGGCCCCAUUUUCGAAGAGAUUGGAAACAUGACGAACUUGACAGUCUUAUCGCUAUGGGGUAACCAAUUGGGCGGAACGAUUCCAUCCUCCAUUGGGAACAUGGACCGCCUCAAGGAUCUUUCCUUGUCUGAAAAUCAAUUGAGUGGUCCCUUGCCGACGCAACUGGGAAGUCUAACGAGUCUCUCUCGACUCUCCUUGCACACGAAUGAUCUAUCCGGAACAAUACCCGAAAGCUUUUUGAAUAUGAGCAAUUUGCAAUGGCUAUCAUUGUAUGAAAACAAUCGACUAGAAGGUUCCUUCCCACAACUUUCCGACACAGUGAGAAAGUGCUUUCUUGGUAGUUGCUUUUCAGAUAUCACCAAUGCCAUGACAUCCCGAUGCAUCUUUUUCGAUAACUGUUAUUGA